AUGAGGGUAUACCUCUGGUUGGUCUACAGACAUCUCCCAGAGCACAGUGCUGGUCGACCCCGAUCUUCUCCUGGCAAUUCCGUCACCCCUGUGACUAUGGUCAUCUUGGAGAAAUCCCAAUUAGAACUUCUCUGCGCCGCGGACCUGCCCGCUCGACCUUGUAUCAAACAUCUCCCCUCCUCACAAGCAUCGGACAGCCACACAACCAUGUCGAACCUGUCUCUUUCCGACUCAGAACUCUCGUCGCUCUCCUCGGCACCCCCGUCGGAUGAAGAGACGGGGUCUAUGGCCGUGGAUGAGCCCGUGGGAAUUACCAAGUACUUCAAGAAGGAAUCCGAAUCUCCGCCGCCGAAACGGGAGCCCUCACCACCCCAUGAAUAUGUGCUAGCAGACAACUCCGAUAUUGCAUUCAUUGUGAUGUUCCGCGCGCGUUUCCAUGAUGUAUUCCCGCGAUCGACACCACACUUUGGCCCACAGGAUAUUGAGAGAGGUGUCGCCGAGAGCACCCCCGGCGAUCAUAUUGAACGGCUGCUUUGUGCAUUGCUAGGAUUGGUGUUAAAUAGGAAGAAGGAUGUGGAUCGGAACCACUACACGCGUCCCUUGGAGGAGGCGAUCCAAACGCAUGCCCCCCAAUGGCCUAGGGCUUGGCAAGGCAAGAACCCUCUGCACGGGGGUAACAACUUCACAACCAUGAAGCCGGAAGAACGCUUGCUCCUACUCAAAACCUUGAUCCUCUGGUCCCUUUCCUCCUCCGACGCCGUCCAAGCCAAGAUCAAAGAGUCCUACAAGCAAGCACGCCACGAGGACGACCUCAACCAACCGCUCUCCGUCCAGCCGUGGGGUCGCGACGGCCUCAAGCGUCGAUACUGGCUCAUUGAAGGCCUGGAUGAUACCCACUUCAGACUAUACCGCGAGAGCAACCCGGCGUUAAAAACCAACACCUGGUGGAGCGUGGCGGGGAGCAUCCCGGAGCUGAAGGUCAUCGCGGACAAGCUCGACGAGGAGAAGAAUAUCCACUCCAAGAAGCUGAGCGAGAAGAUCCGAAACUCAAUCCCUCGGUUCGAAGGAUCAGAGGAGAAACGCAAACGCCGCGACUACCGGAUUGCUCGGAAAGCACAAUUCGCUCGCCCCGAGCCUGGCUUCUCCCUCUACGAAGGCCGCACUCGCGGCAAGAAGUUGAAAUACACCUACUCCGACGAUGAAGACAUCUUCUCCGACGGCCUCCCCUCGACGCGACGCUCAACACGAAAUACCUCCGGGGUGUCUACUCCCGUAGAGCCAGCGGGUCCCAGAUACACAGCCAGUGGCCGACAAAUACGAUCUCGCGCGGGCGGACUGUACGGCGAGUCCUUGCUCGCCGGGCAACAGGACGAUGCCCAGACCGGCGACGAGGGCAGACCCACGCGAUCGAGGGCGAACCGGGCCAAUGGGUAUACCGAUCACGAUCUGGAUGAGGAGAUGGAGGAAGGCUCCGCUGGGGCGCAGUCAAGCGGUAAUGAAUGGCAGGGCGGCGAGGAGGAAGAGGACAAUGACUUUGAAGGGGAUGACGAAGAGGAGGCGAGCGGCGAUGAAGAAAUUGCGAACGGCGAGCCACCCAGCCUGGUGGUGCAGCUCCGAUACAACAAGGACAAAGGCAAGGAGACGAGCAGCUCGGCAGAUCCUGCUGAAACUGAACGACCAUCGGAGGAACAUUCCGAGACCAAGCACGAAGCCUUGAGUCAAUCUUCCGGCAAUCCACCGCAUGCCCAUUCCCCGUCCCAAGGGACCGAACCAUCUGGCACGAAGCCGAUCACCGCAACCAGUGCGGCUGUUCCUCUGGAGCCGAACAGCACUGGUCCCCAUACCAAUACCCUUGCGCCUGGGGCUUCACUAACCAGACCAAACAGUACGACCGGGGAAACGAGAACACCACGGGCAUAA